CUAGAUAUGCAGCGGCCAAGAAUCAUCACAGAUGCAUACAUGGGGAGCAGUAGUAGCAGCGGAGGCGGCGGCGCCGGCCAAGCCACCGCGAGAACAGAUUUGAUGUUCCACGAAAUGUCACCCGUUCUUCCGUGGCCGGUCCAGGGCUUCAACCCGGCCAACACCUUCCAGACCGGCCACGAACCGGACCACUUCCUCCUCCCGCAGGCCGCCUCCCCGUACGGAGGCCUCUUCGGUGGGAGGAGGCACGACGGCCCGGGGGACCACUUCCGGGGCAUCAUCUCGGAUGCGCAGCCCGGCUUCGGGGUGCCGUUCGGGCUGCAAGCGGAGCUGCAGAAGAUGACGGCCCAGGAAAUAAUGGACGCCAAGGCGCUGGCGGCCUCGAAGAGCCAUAGCGAGGCGGAGAGGAGGAGAAGGGAGAGGAUUAAUAAUCAUCUUGCUAAGCUCCGUAGUCUCCUUCCUAAUACAACAAAGACGGAUAAAGCAUCAUUACUAGCGGAGGUGAUCCAACACGUGAAGGAGCUGAGGAGGCAAACAUCACUCAUCUCCGAGACAACCCUAAUCCCGACGGAGACCGACGAGCUCACGGUGGACACCGCCGCCAACGACGGGAAGCCCAUGAUCCGAGCCUCCCUGUGCUGCGAGGACCGGCCGGACCUGCUCCCGGACCUCAUCAAGGCCCUCAAAGCCCUCAGGCUACGCACUCUCAAAGCCGAGAUCACCACCGUCGGCGGCCGCGUCCGCAACGUCCUCUUCGUCACCGGCGAGGACCGACUCCGGCAGGACGGCGGCCAGCCGCAGCUGUGCUCUGUAAGUUCGAUCCAAGAGGCGUUGAGAGCGGUGAUUGAGAAAGGCAGCGGCGGCGGCGGCGGGGACGAUCACUCGUCCGGGGCUGCUGGGAGUUCCAAGAGACAGAGAACCAACAACAACAACAUUGAUGUCCUCGAAACUAACUAACUAACUAAAACAUGCAUAAAUGGAAUAGUGUUUU